AAAGCCGGCGGUGUUUACCUGUGUCACCUGGAGCAGUGUAUAUACAGGACCAGCUGGCAGCGGGCCUCUCCCCCUACACACACACACCUCACACACCUCUCCCCUCCCACACACCCCUAGCACAUUCCUCACAUAUUCCACGGCCGUGUUUGUAUGGCCUCUUGAUAUUAGCGUCGACAAGGACCAGAGUGGAGGCGCCACAGAGUGUGGAAGAUGGAGCCCGUGGUGGUGUUGACCCUCUUGUCUCUGGCCAUGUUGGUGGGAUGCUACACAGCUGGCUCCAUUCCUCUCGUUAUGACCAUGUCAGAGGAUCGCAUGGAAGUGGUUACGGUGCUGGGUGCAGGCUUGCUCGUGGGAACAGCACUGACAGUCAUUAUACCAGAAGGCGUAAACACUUUAUUCAGCAUGCACGCGAGCCCUAGAGUUACUCCAAGUGAUGCACACAGUGACUCGACACACGACGACCAUGUCAGUCACAUGGAGUUGCACAACCUUGUUGGUCCGCCACUUGUCCUUGGCUUCCUUCUCAUGCUUCUAAUUGACCAGUGUGCAGGAGGACACCGAAAGCCAGGUGAUCCUGAGAAUGGUAGUGGCAACAGCAGAGGCCACAGAUCCUUGACAGCCACACUUGGUCUUGUGGUCCAUGCAGCAGCUGAUGGCAUAGCCUUGGGUGCAGCUGCAGCCUCCUCGCACACUGACGUUGAGAUGAUUGUAUUCUUUGCAAUAAUGCUGCACAAGGCUCCUGCUGCGUUUGGACUAGUCACCUUCUUGCUGCAUGAAGGGGUAGAAAGAAAUAAAAUCCGUCGUCAUCUCAUAAUAUUUGCUCUUGCUGCACCGAUUGGCACAGUAGCUACAUACUCCGCUAUUGUCCAGAGUGGCACUGAGAGUUUAUCCUCGUCUCAUAGUACGGGUCUUGCCAUGCUCUUUAGUGCUGGCACUUUCCUCUAUGUAUCUACUGUUCACGUCCUGCCGGAAUUGACGAGUCACAGCCACGACGGAGGCGGCACUGGCCAAUUCUCCCGCAAGCAGUUGUUCGCCCUCAUCUGUGGCUCUCUCUUACCACUCUUCCUCACGUUUGGGCAUCAUCAUUAGUUCAAAAUGGUGUUAAGGAUUAGGAGGCGGUUGCUGCCAGGACAUCCAGUUUGGUGUUGUUUAACAGCCGUCUUCCUCAACUGUCUUCUUGUGAUAUGAUAAUAUUGUUUUGAAAGUUUUCCAUUUGGAAAUUCAGUGCUGGGCAUUUUCCUCUUUAUUGUGCGUGCACAGGACAAAAUACCUGGAGAUGUUUUUAUUGUGCAUGUACAGGAAAUAUGAUUUUGUUGUGCAUGUACAGAAAAUAAACAUCUGGGGCCAGAUUCACGAAGCAGUUACGCAAGCACUUACGAGCCUGUUGUCCAUCUUUUCUCAAUCUUUGGCAGCUUUGUUUACAAUUGUUAAACAGUUAAUGAGCUCCAAAGCACCAGGA